GGUAGCUGUGUAGAAUAUGUUAGUUCACCUAAGCACCUAAAAUAGCAUUAAGCAGCAGCCCGGAAUGCCCAGGGAUUCUGGCUAAGCCCAGCCUUGGCCGAACAGAAUCGUGGUCGAGGCAUGCAUGCAUGCACGACUGCCACAAUGGCAUUAAGGAAAUAUUUUGGCACCACAAGGGUGGAUAAAUAGCGUGACAACUAUAUCAAUACCCAUCCUCUUCGCUACACUCGUCAACAUCUUUCUCAACAAGUUGACGAGUUUCAAGUUCUAGAGAAAGAAGAUGUCUCUUGUCACCGAGGAGAUCAAAGCCAGUGCGUCAGAAAUUUACCAUGGAGAUGAGAUCUGUCAAGAGAAAUCAAAAUUUUUGCUUCAGGAAGUGGGCAUGCCCAGAGGGCUUUUGCCCUUGAAAGAUAUCGAAGAAUGUGGGUAUGUGAAGGACACAGGUUUUGUGUGGCUCAAACAGAAGAAGAGCAUAACCCACAAGUUUGAGAAGAUUGGGAAACUUGUUUCCUAUGCCACUGAAGUCACAGCUGUUGUUGAGAAAAACAAGAUCAAGAGGCUGACUGGGGUCAAGACCAAGGAGCUCUUGGUUUGGAUCACACUCAGUGAUAUCUAUGUUGAUGAUCCACCGACUGGCAAGAUCACUUUCAAGACCCCUGCAGGGCUGUCCAGAUCUUUCCCUGUAUCAGCUUUUGAGAUUGAAGGUGAUGUUAAGAAAGCCAGGGAGGAGACCGGAGAAAAGGAAGUCAAUGGGGCUGUGGAAGUGCAGGAGGCCUAGACACAUAGAGGAGUUUCAUUUUCCAAUAGGAGCAGGCUUCGUCUGUGGGUUAAUUCAUGGUUUCUCUCUCCUUUUGGAUGUGUGCUGUGUCUUUUACUAGUGUCUGUCACUAAUAUCAUUAUUAGCAAUCAAUAAAAAAAGGCGAUUAACAAAUUCAGAAAACCAAUGUUGCAUUGCAUGAUAUUAAGAUCUACAUCAUAUUUUCAGUUAGGACCUCAGUUAGGACCUAAGAUAUCUACGUCGCAUUGUUGCUUCAACCUGUUGGAAGCAACCACAUGCUUUUUAAGUAAAAAAUAUCUACGAAAGGCCUAUGUUUCUUCUUUGUUUACUGUUCAUUUAUUCAUUUGUGGCUCAAAGAGAAUGCAUAAUUUGAUUACUAAUACU